GUCGUUGACCUGUCAGUUGUCAAUGUCAUAACCAGACAAAACUCAAAAAAACAAUAACCACGAGCCACAAGUAGCACAGAUUUUUGUGUGUUAAUGUUUUGAAACAUUAAUUAAAGCACAAGUAAAGAAAUCAGAAUAAUAAUAUAAAAUGAAAAGAAAAAUAUCAGGUAUUGAGGCACAAGAAUCUAAGUUAUCUUCCCUUCUGUUCAAUAAAUCCAACAAAUUCACUGAAAAGCUAUCAAAAAAAUCAGACGGCCUCAAAGAUGAAAGGAAACCGGCGUGGUUUGAUGAAGACGAUGAGCAAUUCAUCGAUAAUACAGUCCCACCUAGUUCGAAGGAGAAAAGUUUGUACGCUAAUAAACUAAAGCAAAAAUAUAACACUUUAAUGGGCACACCAACUUGGGCAGAAUUGAACAAAGCAGAAAACGUCGAGGAUGAUGAUAAGGAAAUAUUGAGAACUGUUGGACAUUUAAAGAAAGUAAAGUCAAUUGGACUUCCAAAAGACUUCUUAGAAUACAAAAAGUUUCCAACAAUAAAUCGAGAGACAAGCAAUGAGGGUGCGAUUAUACGAUGCUUGGAAUUUCAUCCCAAACUGAGUGUAUCUCUUGUCGCAGGUACAUCUGGUGUAGUUUCCUUGUUUUCUAUUGGAGGAGAUGUAAACACUAAACUUCACAGCUUCAAACUGAAGAACUGGGAUGUGAAAGCGGCUCAUUUCACACCUGAUGGUACUGAAGCCUAUAUUGCAUCAAGCAAUAAUCACAAUUAUUGUAUUUACGAUUUAGUAAAGGCUGAACCUAAAUUAAUACAAUUGCCUAAAAUAGUGAAAAGACCCAAUAUUUUUAAAUUGUCUUCUGAUGGCAAGUAUAUUGCAACAAGUAUUGGUUUGGAUGAGGUGUAUAUAAUAUGUGCAAAGUCAAAAGAACUCCUGCGAUCACUCAAAAACAACACAAAUAUUGCAUCCGUGGCUUUCAGUUCUACUUGUGAUAAGUUGUAUUGUUAUGGGAUGGAAGGUGAAAUAACUGUCUGGGAUAUGUCAACAUUUAAAGCUCUGAGCAAAUUUCAUGACCAAGGUUGUGUUACAGCAUCAAAGAUAGAAACCAGUGCAUGUGGUAGACUUUUAGCUACUGGUAGUGGGGAAGGCAUUGUCAAUGUGUAUGAAAUGUCCAACUUAACUUCUCUAUAUCCAAUUCCAUUAAAAACAAUUUCCCAUUUAAAAACUAAAAUAACAAAUAUAACAUUUAAUGGAACAUCAGAAAUACUUUCAAUAUCAUCAGGAUACUAUCCUAAUGCAAUCAAAAUUCUUCAAUUGCCAUCAUACCAUGUAUUUUAUAACUUUCCUUCCAAUUUAAAUUUGUAUCAAGUGCAAAAAGUGAGCUUUUCUCCCAACAGUGGUUACAUGGCAAUUGCUAACAACAAAGGAUGUGCCUUCCUAUAUAGGCUUAAACAUUACAAGAAUUAUUAAAGCUUUAAAAAUUGUUUUAUUUACCUGAAAACUUCCAUAUCUUUUAUUUUACAUUUUAUUUUAAACCUAAUACUAAUUAUAUAAGAAUGGCUAUUCUCUCACCAAUGCUACUAAGUAAUAACUAUUAUGGUUCAUUCGCAAUACUCAGGCUUUGUACAUAAACAC